UUUGGUUCAGUCAGUGGGACAGAAACUCCCUGCUCUGCACAAAUCCUCGCCUGCUGCCUCUGUUACAUUGACAAGGGAAGAAGAUUUCACUGACUACAAACUGGGAUAUCCUCGCUUUUCAUACACCAUUUCGUCCCAGGAGCGUCCAGAUUGUGAAUAGUAGUUUUAGAAGGGUUUUUAAUUUGGUUAAGAGGACCAAAUUCCCAGGAGAAUAACUUGGGCAUGGCAUCCACGGUGACCCUGGAGGAUGCUCUGUCCAAUGUGGACCUUCUGGAGGAGCUGCCUCUCCCAGACCAGCAGCCCUGCAUCGAGCCCCUGCCCUGCUCCCUCAUGUACCAGCCCAACUUCAACACCAACUUCGAAGACCGUAAUGCCUUUGUGACGGGGAUCGCCAGAUAUAUCGAGCAGGCCACCGUCCACUCUAGCAUGAAUGAGAUGCUGGAGGAGGGCCAGGAGUAUGCUGUGAUGCUGUACACGUGGAGGAGCUGCUCUCGAGCUAUCCCACAGGUGAAGUGUAAUGAGCAGCCUAACAGAGUGGAGAUCUAUGAGAAGACAGUGGAGGUGCUGGAGCCUGAGGUCACCAAGCUCAUGAACUUUAUGUACUUCCAGGUAACACCAACCAGCCAGAGCGGCAUCAUGUCUCUAACUCCUAUAUCUCAUCAUAUCUCUAACUCCUAUAUCUGUUGUGUUCCAGCGGCAUCAUAUCUCUAA